GUACAUGGUGCGGGUCCGAGCCGUGGUGAUGGCCCGAGAUGACUCCAGUGGGGGCUGGCUGCCUGUGGGGGGCGGGGGCCUCAGCCAGGUGAGCGUAUGUCGGGUCCGAGGGGCCAGGCCCGAGGGGGGGGCCCGCCAGGGGCACUACGUCAUCCACGGGGAGCGGCUUCGGGACCAGAAAACCACCUUGGAGUGUACCCUGAGGCCAGGUUUGGUUUACAACAAAGUGAAUCCCAUCUUCCACCAUUGGAGCUUGGGGGACUGCAAGUUUGGGCUGACGUUUCAGAGUCCUGCAGAAGCAGAUGAGUUCCAGAAGAGCCUGUUGGCUGCGCUGGCUGCACUGAGUCGAGGCUCGCUGACUCCCUCCUCUUCCUCUUCCUCCUCCUCCCCUUCCCAGGACACUGCAGAGACUCCCUGCCCUCUGACGUCCCACGUGGACAGCGACUCCUCCUCCAGUCACAGCCGCCAGGAGACUCCUCCCACAGCUCCCAUUGCCACAGUGGAGUCAGCAGCUGCCUUCCCACCGGCCACGCCCCCACAAAGGCGCCGCUCCUCUGCUCAGAGCUACCCUCCGCUUCUACCGUUCCCUGGGAUUCCUGAACCUUCCGAGUCUUUAGCUGGGGCAGGGAGCCAGGGCUGGGGCAGCCGCGGCUAUGAGGACUACCGGCGAUCUGGACCACCGCCUCCACCUCUUGCCCUGUCUACCUGCGUUGUGCGCUUUGCCAAGACUGGUGCAUUGAGGGGUGCAGCCCUGGGUCCUCCAGUGUCACUCCCUGCCCCUCUCACAGAGGCUGCACCCCCAGCACCUCCUGCUCGUCCACCCCCGGGCCCAGGCCCCACCCCUGCUCCAGCCAAAGCCUCCCCAGAGGCUGAGGAGGCUGCACGUUGUGUGCACUGCCGAGCACUCUUCCGCCGCCGGGCAGAUGGGCGUGGUGGUCGCUGCGCAGAGGCCCCUGACCCAGGUCGCCUGCUAGUGCGCCGGCUCAGCUGCUUGUGGUGUGCCGAGAGCUUGCUGUACCACUGCCUGUCAGACGCCGAGGGUGACUUCUCGGACCCGUGUGCUUGUGAGCCAGGCCACCCACGCCCUGCUGCGCGCUGGGCUGCUCUGGCUGCUCUGUCUCUGGCAGUGCCCUGUCUCUGUUGUUAUGCGCCCCUGCGCGCCUGUCACUGGGUUGCAGCACGUUGUGGCUGUGCGGGCUGUGGGGGUCGCCAUGAGGAGGCUGCACGGUGAGGAUUGUUGGGCUGGUUUGGAAAUCGGUCUGAAGACCCAAAAAUUGAAGGUCCAGGACCCUGAACAGCAUAUGAACCUAAAACCCAAACUUAGGUGUAUCUGGAACUUGAAUGGAUUUGAGAGAUCCCAGAUCUGGUACCUGGACCCCAAACUGAGGACUGAGAUACCCAGACCCUGGUUCAUCAGGGUGUCUGCCCACCUGAAGUCCUGAAUUCUGGAUUCUCCAUACCUUUUCCCCACUGAGAAGACUUAGAAUAUUUUCAAACAUUGCAUCUCAAGGGGCCCAGGAACUCACAUCUUGGACCCUGACUCUGUCUAAAUGCCCAACCCAGACUUCAGGUCAUACUUGACAUUGUAAACACUCAUAUUACGGCCCCCAAACUAGUCAAGAGUUACUAAAACUUGACACUAUUAUCAAAUGACUUAGACCUUGAGACCAGAGGACCCAGAAUCACCAGAAAAUGGUCCCUGAAUUUUCACCUGAGACCUGGUAUCUUCACAUCUAGAUGCUCUUAUAGCCCCAGGAUGGUUUGGAAUCACCAGAUACUGGCCUGGACUCCACUCCCGAGAGUCCACAGACAUUGCCAUCAGUUCGUGUGCAAGUGACCCGCAAGUUCCCUAGCACCCCAGAUUUAAAAUGUAUUAACUCCUUAGAUAUCCUCACAUAUUAGGUAUUUUCAGACCAAAAUUACUUGGGAGGCCCUUUUCAGAGCUCAGCAAGGUCCAGAUAGCAGAUACCAAGAUGCUCGGGAGGAGCCAGGGACCAAACACCUACUCCUCAAGCCAGCCAUGAGAAUUUGAGUCUUAUGGAUGGGCUCUGAGAUGCCUGGUAUCCUUAAAUGUCUGCCUGAAGGCCACCUGCACUUUGGGCCCAACACACUGGUUUGUAGAGAUUAGCUAACCUUCCAGUUUCCCUUAGGCCUGAAGUUUGAAAUAUUCUGGAAACAUCGGCUUCCUACACUCCCCUUCCACCACGUUGGGUGGAAGCCUGGAACUUAGAAGAUUCAGUGGUUAUGGUAACCCAGGUCCUUCAUUCCUUGACUCUCAGCCCUAGAGCAAAUCCAAAGUGCUUUAUGAGCCCUGGAUCUAAGACCCCAAGAUGUCAUUGGGCCCUGGGUGCAGGAAUCAAGCCCUCACAAUCUUGGGAUUGGUUUUGGCCCGACACCUUGAUCCCUUCAGACCAGAGACAUUCAGCAACAAGAUGCCCCAGUCUUUCAGCACCUUUAGGCUUCAGGUGUUCUUGAAUUCAAAGUACUUGUAGACUAAUGAAGCCCCUAUUUCCUCACUACCUGAUUUCCCUGUCUCCCAUGUCCUGCCAUCCAGAGGCCCAUAAAACUGAAAUGCCCUAGCAAUGCCCAGACUCCCACCCCCACCCCCUUUAUCCUAGGGCAGGGUACUUAAGCCAGUGUAAAUUCAGAUUCCUGGAAUCCGGGAUCACCUAGCAGCUUCCCUUUCCCCUCUCUAGGGCCUGGCUUUGCCAUGGAAGAUUGUACGCUGUCAGCUCAGCAGAGGCAGGCAGCUACAGGGAUCAAGCAGAGACAGCAGAAGGCCUACCCUUUGCACACCUGUAAUUCCGGGGCCAGCAACUGAUCCCCAGAAGCCCCACCCCCACCUUGCAGAUUUCCCACACUAUAACCCCUAGUACAUUCAGGUCCCUCCCCUGUGAACCUCUACCAUCUCAGUUGGGGGUUGCUCUGAGAAGCUCAGUAUUGUUUUGUAGUACUUCCCCACGGAGAAGAGAGGUGCCACAGCCUCUUUUCCCUACAUAGAGACACUAGGAUCAGGUGUCCUGGAUAGGAGAACUAAGGUUUCAGAGCCAAAGUCUUGAUGGUUCAUGGGCUUAGGACCUACAUCUGGCCCUAAGUACCUGGGAAUGUACACUUGAAUCAUUCUUCAUUACCCAGACUUGGGUGGCCUUGUGGGGAUUCGAGGGAUGAAUAUUUGUGUCACUCCCUUUAAAUUAUUAACUAUUUAUUGUAUCCGGAACCUGUGAUUCAGCUCCCCCCAAGCAGAUCCUGGGAUGGGUGAGAGAAAAUGGGGAAAGAGGGUGUCCCUCCCAUCCCCAUUCUGCCCAGCUCUCAUCAAUGUCAGACCCACCAGAGCUGAGGGCAGAGGGACUGGGGGCUGGGGCAGCCUGGGUCCCCAUCCUCUCUUUGUGCCUCGGUCUCCCCCCCUUCCAUGGUAAGCGGGGGAAGCUCCAUUCUUAACCUACCUCGUUUUGGGAAGGGGUGGGGAGGGGGACCAGAGUGCUGUAUGGUGCUGUGAGAUCUUCGGAUUAAGCAGUGGGGACUUGGGGAAGGUUCCCUAGUCCCCCAUCUCCAGUACCCCCUCUCCCAGGUCCCCCUGCCCUGUUCCUUGUCGAUACCCACCUCUGAUCCAUGAUUACCUUUCAUUGCCCCCAUAUCUGGGGUGCAUGGAGGACUGAACCCUGGGAGCCAGGAAGACCUCAGAUCCUAGAGCUCCAGCCCAAUUUUCCAGCUGCUUGCCCCCCAGACCUUGGGGGAGGUACGCCAACAUUUAUCUUCCUGAUCUUGAUUCCAAGCCAGUCUGUGACCUUGUUAGUGUCAGGGCAGGCUGAUGUGGAGGGAGGAUGGGGGCCAAAGACCCAGCCUUGUCAUUGGGGGAGGGAAGGGACUUGAGAUCUGCUCCAAGAAAUGUCUGUGACUGUG